GGAAUUGUCACCAACCGUGAAUCGAAUCGCUCGCGUCCUCAUCGUGAUGCACAAUUCAUCUUUCACUUUUGUACAGAUUCCACGACACCUUACCGGUCAUAAGACGGCCAAUCGUAUCGUCAUCCCGCCUACAACAGUAUAGAGGAUCUCGGAGUUGCACUCUAGGCUUGCACCAGAACCAAGAAGAUGCCCCUCAUGCCACGAUUUAUGAUGUGGGGUACCCACUUAAUCACACUUGUCGUUCCAAUCGUCUCGGCAAUAGAGGUCGCAAUCCCUCUUACUGCGCCCUUGGGAGCAGCACCACUCAAGGGGAACCUCGUUUCGCUUUCAAUCGAGCAAGAUAGAUGGAACGAUUGGGCUGGCACGACAGAACCGAAUACAUUCUUCAACAACGUCCUUGAUAACUUUAUCCAAAUUACGAAUGCUCCUCCCUUCGUAAGAAUAGGUGCUGACUCGGAGGACCAUACUGAUUUUAGCUAUGACGUUGAGUACGAAGAAGAUAUUUUCCCUCCUUCGAGCACAAUCACGCCAUACCCAGAAGCCACUAAUAUCACUGUUGGGCAAGGCUUCUAUGAUAUCAUCUCUCAUCUUCCCAACGGGACGGAAGUUCACUGGGGCUUGAACUUGAGGGAAUACAACAUCACGACAGCCUACCUCGAAACUGUUGCGCUCAUGAACGCAUUUUCUUCCCCUGCUGUCCUAGAGAAACAUAUUACUCUGAAGUUCAUCGAACUUGGCAACGAGGCCGAUCUCUACUACGACAAUGAGGGCCGUAACAGCAGCUGGAAUGUACAAGAAUAUGUUUCUGAGUGGGAGGAAUUUGCAUAUAACGUAUCGAUAACCGCCAACCUUUCCAAGUUAUCUUGCACAAAAUUAAUCGGAGCCGCUUUCGCUGGGUCUUCUCACAACAACCUUAGCGGUUUCUCUCCGCAAGCUAUAUUUAAUCUGGGCAUUCUUGAAUCUCCUGCAGGUCAACUGAUCGAGACCAUUUCGCAGCACCAUUAUAGUGGCUCAUUCUGCACUGGCAGCGGAGCUGCGCUGCAGGACUUAAUGACCAAGAGCUAUAUCCGUGGUAAUUUAUCCGCGUUUGUCCCAGAUAUUGAGGCGACCUUGGCCAACGGGCUGAAGUACAUCCUCGGGGAGACAAACAGUAUCAGUUGCCACGGUGCACCUAAUGUCAGCAAUACAGCCGGCGCCGCCCUCUGGUUACUUGACUAUACUUUGUAUGCCACACAAGUUGGUAUUAGUCGCAUACACUUUCAUGAGGGCAUUGGCUACAAGUACAAUUUGAUUCAACCCGUGACGCUUAACUACUCAAUUCUGGACGGUUCCCCGAUUACACCGCUGGCACCGCACGUACAGCCAGCAUACUAUGCGGCUAUCAUCGUCGCAGAGGCUAUCGGGUCAUCUGGGACCACGCAGGCAGUCGAAAUCUCCAUCGAUGAAAAUAAUGUAUCGGGCUAUGCAUUUUUUGAGCAUGGAAGCCUCUCAAAAGCUGUUUUCAUAAACACGGUCGCGUACUUUUCCGGCACUGGUGCAAGGAAUUCGACUCACAUCGAUUUCUCUUUCACGGGUCUCGGAUAUCCUCCCAAUAAUACGAGCGUGAAGACGCUGAAAAUUGGCUAUGCCUCCGACACCAGUAAUCUGACCUGGGGAGGUCAGACGUACGAGACCAGCGACGGUAGAGUUAGUGGACCACUAACCGUCGAUGUCUUACCUAUCAGUUCUGGAAUAGACUUGCAAGAGACAGAAGCAAUCCUCGUUACGUUUUCAUGAUUGGGAUGGUUUAGCAUGCAAUAGUAAUUAUAAUGCACAGUCACCAGGACAAUUUUUCGUUGCAUCUUGCCGCUAUCACGAUACAUCCUUCGUACGUAUCUAUGUACAUGCACAUUCACCUAUCAUACACAUUCUAUCCACGUUCACUCCGUUUCAACGAUCCUUUAAUAUUCAGUGUCUAGAAUAUUCCUUUCCCUCGGUCUUUUCUCUUCCUCGUUUCUAGUUCAAGGCUCUGCAUUUCUUCAGAGACGCAGAGCUUUCAGUUGUUGACGCGUUCAAAAGUGAGAAAUGCUAUGCAGGCAC